AGUAACGCAACUGUAAAGGCGGCGGCGGCGGCGGCAGCAGAAGAGGAGGAGAAGCCGCGGGGAGCUGGGACUUCCCUUCUUCUGCCUGGGCAGAGACAGAACGCGCGGGAGGCGCUUGGCCGCCUCGCUUAGAGCUGAGGGAGCGCGUUGUGCUCGACCGCUUUGCCUGGGGGGCAGAUGGUGGGUCCCUCUCCGCUUCUCCCCCACGAGUAAGUGGCGCAGCUGGCGGACAGAGGAGGUUGCCCCCUCCCGUCCCCUGGCGCCAGCCGUGGUAUGCGCGGCGGGCAGCGGCGGGAUGGCUUCGGCCGUGUUUGAGGGCACUUCGCUGGUGAACAUGUUCGUGCGGGGCUGCUGGGUGAACGGCAUCCGGAGGCUCAUUAUCAACCGGCGCGGGGACGAGGAGGAGUUCUUCGAGAUCCGCACCGAGUGGUCGGACAGAAACGUCCUCUACUUGCACCGCAGUUACUCGGACCUGGGCCGCCUCUUCAAGCGCCUCCUCGACUCCUUCCCGGAGGAUCGCCCCGAGCUGUCACAGUCCCCCUUGCUCCAAGGACUAAUCACAAUUAAAGAGUCUCAUGACAUUGAAGCCCGACUUAAUGAAGUAGAAAAGCUUCUCAAGAAUAUUAUAAAUAUGCCUUGGAAGUAUUCUAGAUCUGAAGUUGUCCUCACCUUCUUCGAAAGAUCUCCUUUAGAUCAGGUGCUAAAAAAUGACAGUGUCCAUAAAAUUCAACCAAGCUUUCAAAGUCCAGUUAAAAUAUCAGAAAUCAUGCGGUCCAAUGGGUUUUGUUUAGCUAAUACUGAAACGAUAGUCAUUGAUCACAAUAUACCAAAUGGAAAAGAAAAGCACCUGGAUGUAGAUUCAGCAGAACACUUGUUUGAGAAUGUGAGUGAGUUUCCUUCAGAGCUAGAGGACAGUGAUGACCCAGCCGCUUAUGUCACCAACUUGUCAUACUACCACUUGGUUCCAUUUGAAACCGAUAUUUUGGAUUAGAACUGCCACGUGAGCGCCAUGGCUGAGGUCAGAUGGAUGGCUUUUCUCAUGACAUUCACUGCCCCAUAGCUUUGCAUUCGUCAUGCAUGUUGAAGUUGUGUGGUGAAAGGCAAAGAGGGCGAACUACAAAUAUUGUCUGGAAGCUAAUACUGCUGCUUGGUUCUUCACUGUGGCUCCUGGAGGUACCUUUUAAAGAUGCAGCUCUUUCCUAACAAGCAAUGAGACAUUCAGUUUGCCAAAAGGAAUGACACAAGAGCACCCAGCGCUAAAUAGGCUCAAGGAAAUAUACUGCAACGUCAGCAGCCACCACAACAUUGGCAAAACAAUGGAGAUUAUGAAAGAAUCAAUGGCACCAAUUCUCACCAAUAUCCAGAGAAACUUGCAAAGGCCAUCCAUAUUUCUUUCCCCCCAACUGUUUCCAAUCACAGUGAUAUUUUACAUUGUUUUCUUUGGAAGGCCUCAUGUUCAAAUAUCAGUUUUCAUUUCAUUGCUUUGAGUGACAACUUACAGCAAGCGUCAUGGUAGUUUCUUCAUUAAGAGAUGCCAGAUUAACCGAUGCCUUAUGUCAUGAGUGCCUAAAGGGGUGGGGGUGGGGGAAGCACAUACACGAGUUGAUGAAUUUAAUGUGUUAUAUGCCUGGGGUUUUAUUUAAUCAUCUGAAAGCCUGUCUUUCUCACUUGAAAUAAUAAUUAAUAAUAACAAAAAUAAUCAAGGGAACAAGCAAGGGAAGGGGCAAAAUUGUUUUUAGAUACUCUGAAUUUCUGAAAGGCCUGCGGGAAAUGCUGAUAGGAUAUGUUUUCUCUUCCUGAACCAGGACAUAUGAGCAGUUCUAAAUCUUAACAGUGCUUAUUCAAGAGUACAUACUUUUGUUUUACUUUGUUCUCUAAGGGCUGGAGCAUAGUACGUUCACCAUAAGGAGGAUACCGAAAAAGGCCUAGCUAUGGUGACUGAUCCCCACGUCUCUUAAAUGUAUAGAACUAUUUAGGAAAUUUCAUGGGGCGCAUGAUGACUCACACCAUGCUGGCACAGAUCCAUGCUGUAAGUCAUUCUAUAUGGUAGGAGCAGGGAAGAAACCGUCAACCAGAGAGAGGUUGUUUUCAGUGGCAAACCAGCAACAACUGUAACAUGUCUGAGACAGAUCUCAUGUGCUCUGAGAGAUCUAAGACAGAUCUGUCUCUGAACUUGCGUAAGGUGUUUUCUUAACAGUAUCACAUCAUUAGUAGCACAACAGCCAUAGCGAACUGGAGCCAAAUUUGGGUUUUGUUACUAUUCAUGUUACUAUUCGUGCACACAUUCUGCUCAUCCUCUCAAAAGAAGCUUCAGUCAUGUGGGAAGCAUAUAGCUACAGUACUUCAAUGCACAGAUGUCACUUUAGUCCCCACACUUGAGAAACAGUUUCACUAGCCUAUCUUUGUAUCUCCCACUAGCCCUUCUCCCCUGCUUCCUUUCUAGGGUUGUCUAGUUCCCUGCAAAAGGCCUCCUGUCACUUUACUAGCUGCACAGAGGUAGGAAUAUGUGGCUUCUUCCCCCCAACAAACCCCCGUGCCAAGCUGAAGCUGCACCUAGUGGACUUCUCUGCACAGCUGUUAAAGGCACAAGAGCAGUCUUAAAAGCCCAUGAUGAUACCUGUUAGAAUGUCCUUUCAGGUGGCCAUUACCCAAAGGACUAGCCCCAUUAACAAACUAUGUCCAAUGCACCUAACAAUCUGUGUACAGUGUAUGCACAUACAGAUCUGUACACACAUAUAGUCAUUCAUCAGUUAUGUUCAAUGCAUGUCCAGUAGUACACUUCCUAUUUGCGCCGUGCACAUGCAAGCAUCGGUGCCCAGGUUCACUUUCAAAAUGAGUCAUUCACAAAAAAACAUGUACCUGUGCAUUCACAUAACAUAUAAUGUCAGAAUAGAGCUUCUCUUGCACUCUAUGAAGGAAUUAGGAUAAAGACCAAGCCCCUAGGCUUGAAACAAGGAAAUAGGGCACAGUUGAGUAGGGAGAACUAGGUCUGCUUUGACAGUGAUGUGACUUGUGCACUCGAUUCAUGUGAAGCACUUGAAGUGACAGCUGAAGCAGGUCUUAAAUCCUUUUUACUACUGCGUAGUGCUGUGUUAACCCAGUUUUUGGCUCCAGCUCAUAGAAUAGCAAAACACCUGAUCUUACAGCUCACAUGCCAUGACAGAGCGGUUUACUAAAGGCACAUUUACAUUAUAGGUUUCAACUGGCUUAAUGAUAAUUCCCUUUCUCCAAGAAGCCCUGGGCAUUGUACUGUGAUAGGGCUACGAGUUCUCUUGUCAACAUCCUCCCCAAAUCACAGUUCCCAGGAGAGGGAAUGAAAAAUUGAUAUAAAAGCAGUAAAAAUUUGUAGUGUGGUAACAAUGCAGUUACCACAAUGUAUGUACAGGAAUGGGGGGGAAAGAAUACAUUCCAAAUUACUUGUCUUGGUUCCCCCCUCAGCCCUGAGGAAUUUGGUACAUCUCUCCGUUCUCCUGUGAACCUUUCAGUAUUCUUUUGUAUAAUAAUUGUAAAACAACACUUGCUAAUGUACAUAAUAAAUUAUUGAAAACCCUACAUCUUUUACAGGAUAUAUUUCAAAUAUAUUUUAAUGAAAUAAAAUAUUACUUCUCUUAAGUGUAA